GUCUAUCGGCACCAUACUGAUGACGUGGUUCGGUCGCUUGACCACCAGAGCAGCAGGAUGGCCGACCAGAGUAGGCAAACAAAACUCGCUGCAGCUAAGAAAAAGCUGAAGGAGUUUCAACAGAAGAGCUCCCCUGCUUCAGUGGGAGGGGAAAGGGGAGGAGGAGGAAGUGGAACAGGAUCCAAGAAGAAACGAAAGGUGAAGGAGCUGAGCCAACCUGAUGCACCUUCAGCAGACAGAGAUUCCCCAGACAACACCUUCGGCGACAUGGAGGCAGCGGGGUCCCCGGUCCCCCAGCUGCUGGAGGAGCCACACAGCGAGUCGGGCCGUGGCUCCCCCCUGUCUAACUCUGCUAGCGCUAACGAUGCUACUAACUCUGACUUUGUCCGUCAAAACACUGAGCUGCAGGACUUCCCUGAUACCAAUGGUAAUCGUAGUUUAAAGGAGGAAAAUAGACCGCUGUCUUCCACAGAGAGCCUGCGGCAGCUCUCGCAGCAACUAAACGGCCUGGUCUCUGAGUCAUCCUCUGUUCCCUACGUGAAUGGGGAAGCCGUGCCUUCGGGAGAGCUGGAGAGUCGGAACCAGGAGCUGGCAGCCGCCCUGGAAUCUAGCAAGCUAACAAACUCUCAGCUCAAUACCAGGCUAGACCAGCUGGUGCACCAAACUCAGGAGCUCACGGAUCAGCUGCAAAAGGAGCGAAAGGAGUUUGAGCAGAAAUUUUCAAGGGAGCAUGGAGCAAUGCGGGAGCAGUUGCAGGUUCAUAUCCAAACCAUUGGGAUACUGGUAUCGGAGAAAUCUGAGCUACAAACAGCGCUACAGUACACACAACAGGCUGCAAGGCAAAAAACAGCUGAAGCAGAGGAGCUCAAUAACCGUCUGCAGACAACGAAGCAGAGAGUUUCAGAGCUGGAGCGAACUCUCUCUACUGUCUCCACACAGCAGAAGCAGUUUGACAGGCAAAACAAAGAGCUUGAAAAAGAGAGAGACAACUUAAGGCUGGAGGUGCUGAGACUCAACAAUUUGAGCGAGGAGUCAAAGCAGCAGAGUUCAGAGCUGUCCGAACAGCUGAGACAGAUUACACAAGCCAACGCUGCGAUGAGGCUGGAGGUAGACGAUCUUCACAAGAGGCUGGAGAUGGCUGACCUCAUGUUGCAACAGUAUUCCAGUCAGUCAGAUUCUCCCAGUUUCAACCAAAAAGUGGAGUUGCUGCUGGAGGAGAAGCAGCAGCUGGAGUCACGCAAUCACCAGCUUCUGGAGUCUGUAGCCCAGCUCAAGACAGAGAGGGAUUGUUAUGUGGAGCGAAUCCAGGAAGAGGGCCGCGUGUGGAAGGACAAAACGGAGCAGCUGCUUGCACAGGUCUCUUUAGUGGCAGAGGAGAGGGACAGAAAUAUCAACCGAGUCCAAGAGCUGGAGGCCAGCAUCUUGGAGCUAAAAAAUGCCGCAGCAUUAUUGUCUGCAGAGAAGGAAGCCCAAGAUGAUGCAGAGCCUCAGCCUUCAGGGCCAUCAGCGGGAGAGGUGGCUCUGCAGGAGGCCCUCAGUAGUUUACAACAGGAGAAAGAUGCCAUUAAUGCACAGUACCAGGCACAGCUUCGAGACAACGAGCAGCUAAGUCGCCUGUGUGCGGAGCUGGAGACCCGCCUGGGAGAGUUUGAGCGGCAGGUGGAGAGCAAAGCUCAGGAGGAUGAGGACCGCAGACGCAUGUUGGAGGACGUUCAGUCCGACAAGGCCACCAUCAGCCGCGCUCUCACCCAGAACCGCGCGCUGAAGGACCAGCUGGCCGAGCUGCAGAACGGCUUUGUCAAACUGACUAAUGAGAACAUGGAGCUGACCACAGCCAUCCAGUCAGAGCAACAUGUGAAGAAGGAGUUGGCACGCAGGAUGGGGGAACUACAGGAGGAACUGCACAACGUCAAGGAGCAGCUGGAGCUGAAAUGUCAGGAGGCUCAGGGCGUCACGGAGCAGAGGGACCAGGUGGCGGCCCAUCUGCAGCAGUACUGCGCUGCCUACCAGGCCCUGGCUGCAGAGAGGGAACAGCUCCACCAACAGUUUCUGCAGCAGACGCAGCUCAUGGACCGGCUGCAGCACGACGAAAGUCACGGCCGUGCACAGCUGGACGUCAGCCAGAGCCAGCUCAAACAAGCGGAGGAGCAUUUGGAGCACUUGGUCAGAGACAAUGAGCAGCUGAAGGCUGAGAUAAAAGAGCUGCUCAAUAGUUCAGCACUUGAGACGACGUCCAGAGACCAGGGAGAUGGUGUGGAAAGCAUGGCGGUGACGGAGAGCCCUAUAAGUUCCUCGUCCAUAGUUAUCCCAGAAGACUUUGAGAGCCAGAAAGAGAUGGAGGAUUUUAUCCGCGGGGCUUUGGCUCAGCUGGAAGCGGAGCGAGACGACGCCAGGCGGCAGCUGGAGGAGGAGCACAGGCUCCACAUGGCAGCCAGACAGCAGGCGGCUGUGGCCCUCAGACUGGAGCAGCAGCACCACAACUACAAACCUGUUCAUGAAGAUGAUCGCGUGCAUAACGAGAGUCAGGACCAGCACAGCCAUGAGCAUUCAGGAGGAGGCGUGCCAGCUGAGGUGCAUCAGGCGCUGCAAGCUGCGAUGGAGAAGCUUCAGCAGCGGUUCACCUCCCUCAUGCAGGAGAAAGCCGACCUGAAGGAGCGGGUGGAGGAACUGGAGCACCGCUGCAUCCAGCUGUCCGGAGAGACCGACACUAUAGGGGAGUACAUCGCCCUUUACCAAAGUCAGCGCGCCAUAAUGAAGCAGAAGCACCAAGAGAAAGAGCAGUACAUCAACAUGCUGGCCCAGGACAAGGAAGAGAUGAAGGUCAAACUGGCAGAGCUGCAGGAUCUCGUCAUGAGGCUUGUGGCCGAGAGGAACGACUGGUACAGUCGUUACGCUGGAGCCGUCGCUGGCAUGGGAACGGUCAACCCUGACCUGCUUCCUGUUGGGGGGGAGCACGCCCCCUUGCAGCAGCAAGCGCAUAAGCACGAGCUUAAUGCUGUCGACGGAGACGAAGCCGCGGAGCUCGCCGAGCCCUCCCAUCUACAAGGUCUGGAAGCCGCCUCGGCCCAAGCUUCGCCCUCCACUUCUGUUCAGACUGAGUCCAAACCGCUGGCGCCCAGGGAGGACGGCACAGCCCGGCAAAUCAUGCAGCUUCUCCACGAGAUCCAGAACCCCCAGGGAGCUCCACGGUCCCCACCGUUCCUGGGGGAGAACCCCUGCAUCCCUUUCUUCUAUCGGCCCGACGAACAGGAUGAAGUGAAGAUCCUGGUGGUGUGAGGCGCUGGGCGCGACUGAGGCGCUGGGUUUGAAUGCUUUGUAGCUCCAUGAACAUAUUUACACAUCUUAAGAAGUUUGACACUUUAAAAAAAAAAUGGUCUUUAAUAGAAGUCUGACCCAGUUACACUGAAAUGGCCCGCCUUGGUUCAGUUUGUUCCUUUUGUUUUGUUUUUUCUCAUAGAUAGGAGAUGAUUAGCAUUCCCACAUAAAACUUGAUUAAUCUCCUUAUCACAAUUUGUACCCACCCCCCCCCCCAUCCCCAUCCCCCCCUUUUUUCGUCUUUCAUCUCAAACAUGUGCAAUAUUGGGGCCAUCCAUUCUGUCCCCUCUGCUGCUGCAGCACCUAGAGAGCUGCAAACAAUGAGCAGGUCUGGUGCGAGUAGCAGCACGCGUUCACUGUAAACAUGCCAAAAAAAAAAAGAGAGCAUCAGAUUUGAAUGUAUUAACCCCGAGUAUUUAAAUGUCUGUGAAACGUGAGGAGAAGGACGGCUGGUUUGGAGUAACGGAAAGGCAGAGAGGGCUCUAGGGGUUCGGUCAGAACGGCGCGCAAUCAAAGCGGCGGAAGUUGGAGAGGGUGUUGCUCGUCGGUACUGUUUCUAAAAACUACAUUUGUUUCCUCCUUCAAACACUGAAAAUAACUGGUGCGUUCGUACGUUGCAUUAUGUUGAUACAUGUGAAAUCUGUUUUGUGUCAUUGUGUGUUUUUAUACGUGCGCUUGGACUGAGAGAAGUCAACGCCGCUACAGGCUGGUCGGUCGGUCGGAGGCGAACGCGGGCAUGGAUGCAAUUUAAAGACCCCGUGAAGUUUGAGAAUUUAUAAAAAGAAAAAAAAAUGUUGAAGGUUGGAGUCUGACACUUAGAGCCACAAGGUUUCUGUGCUGCACGUUUCUUCCCAUGUAGUUUAUUUAAAUCAGCCUUUACUUUGAUAUUAUUAUCCAUUAUAUUCAGCCGGUUUCCCACACAGACAUAUGUAACGUCACAUUCCAGCCACUUCCUUCUUUUCCUGAGCAGAACGUCUCAUGGAGAGGAGUAGAUCUUUUUAUCAUGGGGGCAUUUACACUAGGGACACUAUUCUUCGGAGCUUGUUUCAUUCUCUGUUACAUUUCCGUCUAGCUUUUACAUAUCGGACGAUUCGGUUUCCAUCGUCUAUAACUGGAACGUGUGAGGCUGGGGUUUUUUUUUUCGCUUGAAAUCCGGAUUGUUUUCUUAGCCAAAAGUGCGUCUCUUCUACUUCGUUUUUUUUGUAUCGUUUUGUCAGAUUAUACAAAUAUGAUUGCACUAAAACUGUACAAAGCUUCCCUCUCAGCCUUGUGCUGCCGAGCCAUUUGGAUUAUGAUGGGCUUUAUGAUAGGAUGGAGAGGGGGGGGGGAUGUCCUAUGAAGCUUCGUGCUGAGGAUUUCCCUGAGUUCAAUUGUUGGUGUGUGCUCUGUCGCACUCAGAGUACAAUCCUGGGGACUAAGUAAGACAACCUAAUGGCACCUUUUAGCUUUAAAAAGUCAUUUCCACAGUUGAGGGACCAAUUGGGUACAGGAAAAAAA